AUGCCGGACCGCCAGCAACACACCGACGAUGGUCCCAGGGGGCCAGGACUCAGAGGUCUGGCCCCCAGCGGGAAAGGAAAGGAGAAGGUGCCGGUGCUAGAGCACCGGCAGAAGGGCAACGCGGGUGCUGCCCCGGCAGAAGGACGCGGCGAGGCCCAGGGGCCAACACCCGCUCAGAGCAGCCAAGCCGGAGGGAGCAAAUCUCGGAGGCUCCAGCGAGGCGAUGGCUCCUUGGUCGAGGAGCCGGCGCCCAAACGCCAGAAGACCGCGGGGGCGGAGGAGCAGAGCGGAGCUGCACCGCCUCCACCACAACACCGGCCGCUACCGAGACAACAGACUCCCCCACCUCCACCACCAGAACAGCGCCCGGCAAUGCCACCACCACCGCCCGUGGCCAAGCCACAGUCCCCAUCGCCACCACCAGAAGCUUCGAUGGGCGGGGACCCCCACCAAGGGUCCGGGGGGUCCUCGACAGGGAGGAAACUCCCCCGAGCGGCACGGUGCAGGUGGGAGUGGUACGACUACGCGUAA